CGAAACACCACGGGCCCUAGUUCAAAAAUUGCCACCACGUAGCGCUUUAAAAUCAUGCGAAAUACCUUAUGCUAUUACUCGCUCACUAUUAGAGUAAAACUUGUUUUGAAAACUGAUUUAUUCUUGUAAUAUCUAUAUCCAUGCCGCUACCAUGUCGAUUUAUUUUUAUUUUUUAUUUAAACAAAAAUAAAUUUAUUAAUUUCAAAGGGAACAAUUUUUUCAAGAAAAACAGGUAGUCAUUUUGAAGAUUUGAUGAUAAAAAAUUUUUAUCAUUUUUCAGCUUGAAAAUCGAACCAGUGGUUCCAUCGGAAUCAUAUUUACAAGUUUUAUCUCUAUGAUUUUUUAUGUGCUCCUACCCUCCACCCUAUCCACACGUCACUCAGGCACCUUCCACCCUAACACACAAGUCACUCAGCCACCACCCCACCCACAAGUCAGCCUUCAUUCUUAGUGCUCAGGCUGGUCACAACUUUUCUUAGUUCUUCAGCUUGUUCACUUGUCAUAUUGACAGUGAUCGUGGCUAGUCCUAGGACAUAGUAUUUCCAGACGCACUUCACAUAUAAUUUAAAAUGGAUUCAAGACAUACGGUGAAGGGAAAGAAGAAGUUGGUUCUUUCAGCCAGGAGAAUGAAAAGGCGGCUACCACCAGAAUUUCAUGCUAACAGACGUAGAAGGAUUGAAGAACAAACCUUAUCGCUCGAAGCGCCUUCAUCUUCCCAGGCUGACAGUGUUUCAGCAGAUGCCAUUUCUGUAUCCACUGAGAACUUUCAACCCAGUGCAACGUCAACUCCUAAAGGAAAGAAGAGAAGACCACACAAAAGAAAAGUACCAGUGCAUUUGAUGAAAUGGAGAUUACAGCAAAAGAAAUCUAAAGGAGAAGAAAAAUCUGGGCCAUCAACAUCUUCCACCUUAGAGUCAAAUCUAAAAAACAGCGUCCUUGAUGGCACCUCUGAUUUUACUACAAUUGUGCCACCAAUCCCCUCAAUUGGUCUACAACCAGCUUUGAACGAUGAGAUUGAUACAACCUCAAUGCGAAAUAGUGGGGUUUCUUACGUGGAGAGUAACGUCUGUGAUACUUUACUAACAAGAUAUGAUGAGUAUCCAGAUCUAAUAGUUGAGCCGGAUGGAAGACCACCGAAAGACGAUUUUAAUAUUAUUUCUGGCCGAUUUAUUGUGGACGGCAAACAUAUUGUGCAAGAAUUGAGAUCUUUGGACUACCAUAGAUACGAGUGUGAAAAAAGUGAUAAUGGUUAUAUGACACUGGUGUCUUCAACUUCAAAAUCAUUAGAAUGGACAAUGAAGUUCAAAUGCCCGCAUUGCCAGAAAUGUAAAGUGAUUACCAGUGAUCCAAGACCUGAAGUUGCGCCACAAGAAUGUCCAUCAUUGCAAAUGACACUAAUUGACGAAGCAGUUUGGGGGUUUGCAUCCAUUGGCUCAGGUCACAGAAAUAUGGAAGAGGUUCUUACUACAAUGAAUGUAUUACCGCCAAAUGAAAAGACUUUCAAAAAGACAGAGGAACGUUUGGGAAAGGUUUGGCAGGACGUUUUAUCCCAAUCCAUGAAGCAAGCUGGUAUGGAAGAAAAACAACUAGCCAUAGCAAAUGGAGAUGUGACCACUAACAACAUUCCUCACAUAACUGUUGUAGUGGACGGUGGUUGGUCUCAUCGCAGUCAUGGACACAGAUAUUCAGCUAACUCGGGAGUGGUAUGUGUGAUAGGCCUUCGGACUAAAAAGCUACUGCACAUAGAUGUGAGGAACAAGUAUUGUUCUAUGUGCAGUUACUUGGAAAGAAAAGGUGUUUCCAGUGUUCAGCACAAUAACUGCUACAAGAACUGGGAUGGGGCUAGUGCUUCAAUGGAGUCUGACAUGGUUGUUAGCGCAUUCAACUCCAGUGAGGAAAUUCAUGGCCUUCAGUAUAGAAAAUUUAUCGAUGAUGGAGACUCUAGCGUCCACCAGAAGGUAAUUGAGAUGGUGCCAUAUGGGCGGUAUGUUGAAAAAAUAGAGUGCAGCAAUCAUAUGAUUAAGAAUUACACUAAAAGACUGUACAAGAUAAGAGAGGAUGGGAUCGUUGAAAAGCGAGUCCUGAAUCAGUCAGUUAUAAAAAGACUGAAGGCUGCAGUGCGUGGAUCAGUAGCACAUUAUGCAUCUGAUAAAAACAUUGAAGACUUGAAAAGAGACUUGAGAAAUGGUCCAUUCCAUGUAUUGGGAUAUCAUGGAAACUGUAAGUCAUACUUCUGUAAAGACAUUGACACCGGGAGUAUGAUUGAAGGUCAAACACUUAAUGUGCUGAAAAAAGUAGAAAUUGCUUUGAAACCUCUACUUCUCAAAGCAUCUAUGCUAUGGCAUAACAAGACCAGCAACUUGGCCGAGAACUACAUGUCUCUUGUUGCUAAGUUCUGUGGAGGAAAACAAGUCAACAGAGGAAAGAGAGGAUCCCUCAACUACAGGUCAAAUGCUGCUGCACUCGAGUUUCAGUUUGGCCCAAUGUGGCACUAUCACACAAUGAAGGAGGUUUUGAAAAAGAGUCCAGCCCUUCUAGUCAAAAAAACUUGUUUGAGUCGUGUGAAAAAAAACUUAUCAUGUAGAAAGUCUUUAUUGAAAAGAUUUAGAGAUGGAAAGAAAUAUGAUAGGAGGGUGAAGCAAAGGAGUACAGGUUUGAAAGACUAUGGACCACUGUGCCAAAAAAUCGAUAUGGGGGUAGAAGAAAUGGAAGAAGAAAAGACAAACUUGUUGAAAUCUUUGGCACUUUCUCAAGAUGAAAAGAUCAAACUAGAGCUGGAAACACGUGGACAAAACGAGAACAACCGGUGGCUUCAAGAAAGAAAGUUACGUGUUACUGCAUCAAACUUCGGUUUGAUCAGUAAAAGAUUGCAAAGGUCGAAAUGGGCGCCAGUUGUCAAACAAUUAUUAUACAGCAAGGUCUCAAACGAUGCUACGUUGUAUGGACAGCUCCACGAACCAGCUGCCAUAAAUGCGUUUCAAGAAAUGGAAGAAAUUCAAGUUCAGCCUUGCGGUUUGUUUGUUGAAAAGAACAUGACUUCUUGGCGGCUUCACCUGACGGACUGGUCGGAGGUGAUAAUCUGAUUGAGGUGAAAUGUCCGAAGUCUGCUGAAAACCUCACUAUCAGCGAAGCCGUGAUCAAAGUGAAAUCAUUCUGCUUGGAAAAACUACGUUGUGGAAACGUCCGUCUCAAGAAAAACCACAAUUAUUAUUACCAGGU